CAGAGCUCCCCCAAAAGUGUUUCAUUCACACCUUAUGAAAGUUAUAUCUCGUAAAUUAGAUUGUAAGGAUGAUUGUGUUGGAUGGCAGUAUAACGGAAAGACAAAAAAAUCAAAAGUAAAACACCAGGUUAAAAUUUACGUGAAAAUAUGUCUGAACAAGUAAGGAUAAAAAUGUGCCCAAGAGUUGAGACAGGUGGUGAAGACCGAGUGAAAAGGCUGACACACGGUGAGUUCAUUUGACGGUAAAACUUCCUCGCUGCCAACAACAACCUCACUCACUCUCUUGUCCCUCUCGCAGGAUGCCAGUUCCACCAAUCAAGACUUAUACCCGCUACAGUUUACUUAGAUUAUCACAGAAUCAACAGCAGUCGUGUUGUUUAUAACGAGUGAGUCUUGAAAUACAAACCAUCGACACUGAAGACAAAAGUGACAGCUGGGAGGACCUUGCGACGAGACGACACACACACAACGACUUACAGCAAAAAUGUCGAACUUAUGUCAUAUUUUCAAUGUUAGUAAAAAUAAGACACAGAUUGUGGAAAUUGGAUACUGGAAUGUGAGUUAUGUUGGUGACAAUACUCAAGAUGAUUCUACCACGAGAGCGCCGGAGGAGAGUAACACUCUGACGACGACGCAACACCAGACACACACAACCCCCACCAUCACUACCACCACCACCACCCAAACAUCCUCCGAGAUAGAUUUUGAAAGAGGAGAUUCUAGUGUCACAAAAGCAGAUGUAGAAAACAACGAAUAUGUUACAACACACACAGAACAAUGUUGCCAGACACACUGUACUCAGGCGAGGAAGUUAGGGGAGUGUAAGUGCUCCAGGGAAGUGUGUAAGAGCGACGAGAGGGAGGACGUACCUGACGGAGGCUGGGGAUACGCCGUCAGUGUUGGCUGCUUUGUUAUCAUGACCAUCGUCAACAUCAAGGGACCCUGCUUCGGUGUUCUCUUCUCUGGGUUCCUGCUGGAGAAUGGGGAGACCUCAACAACCAUUGGCUGGUUAUUUAGUGCGUCGACGGCUCUGUUCAGCCUGGGAUCACUGCUGGUGGCUCCUGCCGUGAGGGAAUUUGGCCACAGGAAGGUUGCCUUCGUGGGAGCUCUCAUGACGAGUCUUGGCAUGUGUACUUCGGCCUUUGCAACGUCUGCCUGGCAUCUCUUCAUCUCAUACUGUAUAAUAGAAAGUUUAGGGUCUGGGGUGCUGAGUAUCGUCUCGCUUGCCAUUCUACCGAAUUACUUCAUACGACACCUGGGGCGGGCAAACGCCUUCAUAUCCGCUGGUGUGUGCAUGGGUCAGAUGGUAGGACCUCCCCUGGUGACCUACCUGCAGCAGAUGUACGGUUUCAGGGGAGCCUCUCUCAUCGUUGGAGCCUUGACACUGAACAACGUAGAGGCCGCGGCUCUCUUCCAUCCCGUGGAGUGGCACAUUAAACACCCGACACACAAGAAAGAGGCAACACUAGAGGGUAAAGUGCCUCAGCACACCAGUACCAAGCCUAGAGUCAUUGUGAUACUGUUUCAAGGCAUCUUGGACGUGGCUGGUAGCUUUAGGCUCUUCAAGAGUCCCAAGAUCCUCAUCCUCGUGUUCUGCAGCAGCCUCACUGCGGUGGGUUCCGCCAACUUCUUCGUGUUUAUGCCGGCGGUGAUGGCUGAGCGAGGUUUCACACAGGAAGAAGCGGCAUGGUGUAUGUCAGUGUCCGGCAUCUGUAACCUGGUGAUCCGCCUCCUGGUGUCCUUGUUGACGGACUGUCCCAGGUUCAGUAAGCGAGGUUGUUACAUGGCUGGUAGUUUUAUCCUCGGUCUCACUGUUGUGGUAUUCUGCUUCGUGAAGGAGUUGUGGUUGGUGGCGGCGGUGAUGGGAGUGUGGGGAGUGGGUGUGGGGGCCUUUAUGAGUCUCUACAACCUCAUCCUCCUGGAGUAUGUGGGCAAGGAGAAACUGAUGCAGGUUCUUGGUCUCGUCGCCUUCGUCAAUGGUUUCUGGUUCCUCAUCUCGUCUCCCCUCUUUGGUAUGAUACGUGACCUGAGUGGCAGCUACACCAUCAGUAUCUACGUGUUGUCCUUCACCGCCUUCAUCGCCGUCAUCAUCUGGUUCUUCUUGCCCGCCGCCAUCGCCUACGAACAAAGGAAGGAAACCUACCAACGAGAGCAAUAAGAGAAGCAACAGCCAUGUAGCACUGGCAACAACAACAACAUUAAAAGCACCAGCCACAUCGGCUCCUCCGUUACCAUAACUAUCAGGAACAACGGCAGCAACAACAACAAUAAUGCUAGACUUAGCUGAAAAUUUACUUCAUCUUCUUCGCCACCAAUCGGCCCGUUAGCCGCUUGGGCGGUCGGUCACGUCUGUGUUACGCACUGUUGGCAAGUUCAGGACAUGUGCUGGU